AUGUGUGAAUCAAUAAACUCAUUUUUAAUUAAAACAUCACACAAUCAAUUUAUUCCAUCGAUACCAUGCCCGCAAAUAUUCGGUUAUGUUACAAAUUCACGAAAUGGUGAUAUCGAAGGUCGAAUAAAUAUAUCAAAUAUUGAAGAUGGUAGAGAGAAUUCACUUUGGAUUAAAUUAUCAUACCCGCCAAAUACAAUAAAUAAUAAUCCCGGAACAAUUAAUCCAACAAAAAGUAAUAAAAAUAUAUUAAAAGACAUACAAAAUGGCAAAGCAAUUAUAUAUAGAGUAAUAUUUCCAACAGUAAAUCCAUUACCAACACUUCAAGAAAUCAUUUUUAAUGAUCAACCUAAUAGAUCAACACAACUAUUACAAAAUAAUGGUCAUAUUAGUUUAUCAGCAAAAAUUGAUGAUCCAGAACCAGAAUCAAGAAUAGAAAUUUCAGUGCCAGCAGAAGGAUAUGAAACUUGUGGUAAAUCAUUAUCAUCAAUACAUUCAAUACUUAUUGGUGAAAAUAUUAAACCUGGUACAUGGCCAUGGUUAGCAGCAUUAUUUAUGAAAGGCAGAACAAAUAAAUUUGAUUAUUUUUGUGGUGGUAGUCUUAUAGCUCCAAAGGCUGUACUUACUGCUGCACAUUGUGUUGUUCAAAACGAAAGUGUACGUAAACCAGAACAAUUACUCAUCGGUUUAGGUUUAUUAGAAAUUGAUAAUUGGAAUUACCCCAAUACAAUUAUAGCAAAUGUAUAUAAUAUAAUUAUUCAUUCUGAUUUUGGUUUAACAAAUCGUAUGUAUGAUGCUGAUAUUGCUCUUAUAACUUUGGAUAAAUCAUAUUCUUAUAAUUAUCGUAUUCGACCAAUUUGCUUAUGGAAUAGAUCAAACGAUGAAAAUGAAAUUAUAAAUGAAAAAGGUUUUAUAGCUGGUUGGGGUGUUGGUGGAAUAAAUUUUAAUAAUAUAAGAUUACCAAAUAUGAUUCAAACUGAAAUUAUAUCAAAUGAUAAAUGUCGAAAAUCUAAUAUUGGUAUAACAAAUUUAAUAUCAAAUAGAAAUUUUUGUGCAGGUUAUUUAAAUGGUCAUGAUGGACCAUGUAAAGGUGAUUCUGGUAAUGGUUUAAUGAUUGAAAAAAAUGGUACCUGGUAUAUAAGGGGUAUUGUUUCGGGUGCAUUAACUGAUAAAAUAAAAUGUGAUUUUAAUGAAUAUGUUGUAUAUACGGAUGUUGCUAAAUUUAGAAGAUGGAUACGAGCUUAUGUAGAUAUUUAA